UUCAAAGUUGGUUCUGAAAAAAUGGGAAAAAUCUUUUAUAUUUCUACUUCGCGCUAAAGGAAGAAUGCGUCAGUUGGAGGACGAUUUAGUGUCAGACUUACAUGUUCCAUACGCAUCAAGCAGGCCUUUUGUCACGGGAACUGAGUCAAAUACUGGGAUUCAAACCAAUGAGGACCAGAGGGCUGCGUAUUAUGACAGAAAUGAAACACAUCGCAGCCCCGUUUAUAGGUGGGUCUACUCUGCAAUCAUCAAACAAUGAUGCAGCUUCUUCCAGAAGAAGACAUAAAUAUCCUGACUUCCAAAGCAAUCAGCACAGAAUGGAUACAUUUGUUGGUUGGCCUUGUUCUGAAACAAUAGAACCCUUGGUUAUAGCCAAAGCAGGAUUUUUUUAUGCAGGAUACAGUGAUUGCGUAAGGUGUUUCUCCUGCGGGGGAGAACUACGCAAUUGGGAAUAUGGUGAUGAGCCAUGGGAAGAACAUGCCAGAUGGUUUCCAGAAUGCAUGUUCUUAAGAGAGCAGACAGGAGAAAAGUACACCAGGAUCCCUAGCGAACAGCAAGCAGAAAAUGUUAGCAUUGAUAAAAGAUGUAUGGGGCCAGCUAGUGGCGAUCAAUGUGAAAGAAAUGACCCUGUUAGUCAACCAGACAUUCCGGAUCCUAACCUUAUUUACAGGAAUUCUGAUUACGUAUUACCAGAAGAAACAAGUCAGUUUGCCAUUGCUUGUUUAAAUGUCAACACAGCGGAAGAUAAAAAAGUGCUGGAGGAAAACCGAAGACUGAAGGAGCUAAUUACUUGCAAGAUUUGCUUAGACCACGAAGCGUAUAUUGUGUUUCUACCUUGUGGUCAUCUUGUUUCUUGUCAAGAUUGUGCGCGUAUGCUUGAAACAUGUGCUGUUUGUCGGGCUACUAUACAAGGAAAAGUCAUGAUUUUGACAUGUGAUUUACUCAGAAAUUAACUUUGGACUUUUUAUAAUAUUAUACUUAAUUAU